UUUCGAAAUUUCUAAAAAGAGUAACAUUUGGUUACACAGAAGAACAAAAGGUCCUCUGUCCUGAAAAAGAAAACUCUUUCCGCUCUUAGGGUUUUGGCUCAAUUGUGCUUCGACAUUGCCCACCCCCUUACCAAUUUCUUCUCGAAGCUUCCUUAAGAAAGAAGCUUGGAGCAGAAUAUUCGGACCCACCGUGGAAAGUGGAGACAUUUUAGGCUUGAGAGAUGGUUUUAGAUUUGUCUGAUUUAGAACCUGUUGGUUGCAACAAUGGUCAGGACGAGACGGAACUUAAGAGAAACAAGAAAGCCAAGAAGAACAAUCCAGAAAGAGAAGUUGAUUCUUCUAUUUCUUCAGACCACUCUUGUUUUGUGGCCCUUGUCACGGCUUCGAAUCUACACAAAGAUGCUCUGGAUCUUCCAAAAGAAUUCGCAAGCUCAAAUCUUCUUGAAAAAGAAUGCCGCAAAAUUGUUUUAAGAGACAGGUGGGAAAGAUCAUGGGCAAUGGAUCUGGCGUUCAACAAGUCAUCUGAUACUUUCAACAUAAGGCAAGGCUGGAGAAGCUUCUGUGAUGAAAACGGAAAGAAAGCAGGAAGUUUCUUUGUUUUCAAACUAAUUGGAAACAGGGAAACACCUUUGCUCAGUCUAUGUUCCACUGAAUCAACCAGUAACAAGAACAACACAGAAUCUUGUGUGGAGCAUUCAACUACACCACCAAUCAAAAGCCGUUUAAUGACCUUAACAAUUGAGCAUGCGAGCUUCAGAAAAGGCAGCCUGCGUCUUCCACUGCGUUUUAUGAAGAAACAUGGUUUGGAUAAACCUCGGUUGAUAACUCUGUUGGGCAAAGAUGGUACAAAGUGGGUGGCGAAUCUGCGACGUGAAAGCUCAGGUGGAAGAAUGAGGUUGGGGAAAGGCUGGAAAGAUUUUGCUUUAGACAACGGCUUAAAGGUUGGGGACUCCUUUACGUUUGAGUUAGUCGGGAAAAACAAUACUCCUCCUAUGCUUAGUUUGAUUAGAACAAAAUCCACAAGUGAUACAAGGCAGCCCAGCAGUGGAAACAAGACCAGGGAAGGGAAGAAGACCAUAGAGGAGAGGAGAGAUUCAUCUUCAGCAAUGAAGAAUCAACUUGUGACAUUAACACUCACACCUGAAGAUGUCAGAGCCUGUCAACUAAUUCUUCCAAGUCAAUUCAUGAAGGCUAAUGGUAUCUACAAGCUUGGAAAGAUAACUCUGUUGGGUAAAAAUGGAACGAGGUGGCUUGCAUUCUAUUUUCUACUGUCAAAAGAUGGACUUCUGGCUCUUGGAUGUGGUUGGAAGGACUUUUGCCAAGCUAAUGGCGUUAAGACAGGAGAGUCAUUCACUUUGGAAUGUAUUUGCGAAGCUAAUGACGCAACUCAUGUGUUUAAAUUCUGCUCCAACUCUGGAGUAAAGACAAAAAAAAAAGUUGGUUAGAAACAUGUUAAGUGCACAAUCUUUGACACUGAAACUAUUGGUGUAAGAGACACUA